AUGUACUAUCAGAACGUUGGCGGAAUGAAUGGUCUAGUGGAAGAUUAUCGACUAGCGGUCAUGGAUCAUUGUUACGAUAUCAUAGUUCUGACCGAAACUUGGCUAGACUGUCGCACAAUUUCAAGCUAUAUUUUUGGAACUGGGCACGAGGUUUUUCGAUGUGAUCGAAACUCGAAUAACAGCAGGAAAUCGACAGGAGGUGGCAUCAUAAUCGCUGUAAGUUCUAGGCUGAAGGCAUCAGUAAUCGAAGACGAUUCGUUCAACACCGUGGAGCAGGUUUGGGUAUCUAUUCAGCUCGGAGGCCGUAAACUAUUUGUUUGUGCGGUGUACAUUCCUCCAGACCGAACUCGAGACUUGGAACUCAUCGACACGCACUGCCGAUCAGUCUUCCUUGCGUCGGAAAUAGCGUCUCCCAACGAUGAAAUCAUCGUUCUGGGCGACUUCAACCUUGCAGGAGUCGCGUGGGCUCCAACUCACAACAGUUUCCUACGCCCUGAUCAGGAGCAUUCCUCGUUUCACCCGGGAGCUCUCAGAUUGCUGGAUAAUUACAGUACUGCAACUUUAUCUCAAGUUAAUUGCAUCGUGAAUGAGAAUAAUCGCUUGCUGGAUGUGUGCUUCGUCGGCGGUCGUUACACCGCUCCAUUUAUUUCCACUGCACCUGUUCCUUUGGUCAAGGCUGCCCCUCACCAUCCAUCUCUAAUAAUUGGAGUUGAGAAUGAUGACGUCCGUGACUAUGUUGGUACUUCAACGGCUGUGUCAUAUGUUUUCGGCAAGGCGAAUUAUUGCAGUAUUGCCGAAGUGCGGUCUAACUUGGAUUGGCAGAGUAUCCUCGACCCGGCCGAUGCAAAUAUCGCUGCACAAACUUUUUCUCAUGUCUUGGCAUAUGUCAUCAACAGACAUGUUCCAAAGAAGAUUGCCCAUACGGAAUCUACGGUUCCGUGGAUGACAAAUGACCUUCGUUCGUUGAAAAGGACAAAAAAGGCCGUCCUGAAAAGGUUCACAAGGUUCCGCACUCUUCCCUUGAAACACCAUUAUGCUAGGCUGAAUCACGAAUACAAACGGUUAAGUCGUUUCUAUUUUAAACGUUACCAGCGGAGGAUACGGCAACGGCUUAAAUCCCAUCCGAAAUCCUUUUGGAACUACGUAAACGAGCAGCGUAAGGAAGUAGGUCUUCCAUCAUCCAUGGUCUACAAUAGAGUCAUGGCGUCAACACAACAAGAGAUUUGUAACUUAUUCUCGGCCAAGUUUGCUAGCGUGUUUGUCAAUGAGCGCCUCUCCAAUGACUCCAUAACCAGCGCAGCGGGUAAUGUACCCUUAACGAAUCAAACGCUAAAGGCUGUCGAUGUAAGUACAGAUACCAUAGCGAGAGCAGCCACGCGGCUAAAAACGUCGUACAAAUCGGGACCUGAUGGUGUUCUGUCGGUUUUCCUAAAAACGAACAUUUCCUGCCGUCUGGAUCCACUUCAUCGAAUCUUCCAGCUCUCCCUUUCUAAUGGUGUAUUUCUGUCCUGCUGGAAGACAGCUGAAAUGUUUCCUGUGUACAAAAAGGGAAGCAAGCGCGAUAUAAAUAAUUAUCGAGGAAUCACGUCGCUAUGCGCUGUAUCGAAGUUGUUUGAGCUGGUCGUCAUGGAUUCUCUAAAUGGUCACUGUAAACAUUAUAUCAGUACCGAUCAACAUGACUUUAUGAAAAAACGUUCUACAUGUACGAAUCUACUGUGUCUUACAUCAUACGUUACAUACUGCUUGUGA